AGGAGGCGGUGCCGCUCCGCUCCCAUGGCAACAGCAGAGGCCGCGCUGCGGCUGACGGGUGGCAGCCGGCGCCAUGGCCUCCCUGGCCGAGCCCCCCGGCUCACGGGCGCACUCCCGCUCCCCGGCCCGCUCUCCCGGGCUGUCGCCGGCCCUCGGCCCCUCACGCUCCGGCGGGGAGCGGCUCAGGGCCGCCUAUGACGGCGUACAGGAGACACAGGUGCGGCCAGUGGAUCUGAACCAUGCCAUCAAGCUGCUGGGAGAUGCAAGCUCCUGCAAUUUGGAAGAUGAGCAGCUGAAAGUUCUCAAGAAGAUAGUCAAAUCUUUUGAAAAUGGGCUUCCCCUUAAGGAUUUUGCACAAAUAAUGGACAUUCUUAACCUGUGUGCAGAAAAAGUGAACGAAAAAGAAGCUUUCACUGAACCUGUAUGUGAACUUAUUAAAUUAUGUGGGUUACCAUUUCAAAAAAAGAAAUCAUCAGAUGAAGUAAACUAUUCUACAGCAGUUUCAAAAUCCAUUGCACAGCUUGGUUGUUUGAUGAGGGUGCCAAGCUCGCAAGUUAGAAUACAGAUCUGUAAGUGUAUAAUUAGCUUUUAUAAGAUGGAGCUACCUAGAAAACUACUUCCAGGUUACCAGCCAACAAGUGCAAACUAUAAGAUUCAGAUGGCUGAAUUAGGAGGACUAGCAGAAACUCUUGUUUUAUCUCUAGCAUUAGUUGAAAAUCAGCUUACUGAGAAGUUGUGGGUUCUAAAAGCUCUCCAGCAUCUCUCCAGCUCUGGAGUAAACUGCAGACAUAUGAUGAGGGCUCAAGCAGCCAGCAGACUCUGUUUAUAUCUAAAUGGUGCUGAUCCCUCAGGACAGCUGGUGUUCCGCUCAUCAGAAAUCCUAUGGAACCUGUUAGAAAAUACCACAAAAGAAGAAGUUGUUAAUCAACUCAGUAGCUUGGAAUGUGUACAUGCAUUGAAGGAAGUAUUUGUGGACCGGCUCAUAAAUGGUUUCCGCCACUAUGAUCGUCAGCUAAGGAAUGACCUCCUGGUGAUUGCCACAUUACUAGCUGAAAACGCUGCAGCACCUAUGAUUGAGAGUGGAUUUACAAUGCUGUUAAUAGUACUUGCAACAUUUACUGAAGUUAAAAUUCCCAAUCCCUUGUUAAAAGGUCUUAAGCUUACUUUCUCUUAUGAAGACUUCGAGAUGAAGAAGUUACUGUUUAACAUUAUAGGAAUCUUUUCUAAAGACCCUCAUGCUGUACAGCUUCUCAGUGAAAAUGAUGUGAUGCCAGCUUUGCUUUAUUAUGUAAAACCACAUAAAAAGCCUGGAUUUCAUGACUGGUCUGCUGCCCAAUAUGAGGAAUUACAGCUUCAUGCCAUUGCUGUUUUAGCUUCCGUGGCUCCCUUGUUAGUUGAUAAAUAUUUGUCUUGCCAAGCGAAUACUCUCCUCCUUGUGUUUCUAGAAUGGUGUAUAGGCCAAGAUCCUUUCUUUGGCCAAGGUAACAGUUUCCAUGGAGCAGGUGGUCGUGGCAACAAACUUGCACAAAUGCGCUACAGUCUGAGGGUGCUGAAAUCUGUUGUAUCCCUUUAUGAUGAUGCUGUGAACCUCAAUCUGUGUGACCAGGGAGCAAUUAGCCAGCUACUGGAUAUCCUGAAGUAUGCAGCAAACAAAUGCAAAGAAAAAGAUGAUGCCAUUCUGCUGGAAAUCCAGGCUAAUAUAUUAUUUAUUUUGUCUGUUCUCUGUGAAAAUGAUGUCCACAGAAAGGAACUCUUCAGCUAUGAAGGAGUGGAUAUGCUUAUCUCAUUCAUUCAGAUGGAUCCAAAGAAGUUAUAUAGUGGAUUGGGCCACAAUCGUCUCCUUUUCAGUGCACUUGACUGCUUGUGGUCCUGUGUCAUUGGAUGCUACAUUGCAGAGGAUUAUUUUCUAGAACAACAGGGCAUUUUUCUCCUUCUAGAUUUGCUGGCAUUAAAGCAAAAAAACCUGUGCAAUAUAAUUCUUGGGAUCCUCAGUGAGUUUUGUGACAACCCCAAAACCGCUAUUCACAUCAGUACCUGGCGAGGGGAGAAAGAUCAAACAGCAGCUAAACUGCUAAUACAGCUAUGGAGACAGGAGGAGUUGGACCUGGGAGUCCAACGUGAUCGAUAUGGAAGGAUUGCUGACGUGAAGAAACCUAUAGCUGGCAGCUUCCAGAAACAGCAAGAGGUCAUCCCCUUGCCUUCCAGCUGUCCCAGCUUUGCCAUCGUGGAAAUUUCAGAAAACAUACGGGCAAAACUUUAUUCAUUAUUGUGCAAGCUAGGUUUUGAAAAUUUGCCUGGUUUAUCUGCUAAGGAUUUUGUCACGCUUGCUAUCAUAAGGCGGUAUAUUGACUUUAAGGUUGGAGAAGUAUGGAGUGAACUGUGUGCAGAACUAAAAGAAGAAUUCAGACCUAUUGCUUCAGAUGAAGAAAUCCUGAAAGUUAUUUCAGAGGUGUCAGAAAAUAUUGGAAAAAUUGUCACUGCUUACCAGACUGAAGUGCUUGAAAAUCAACGUCACCAAGAAAUCCAAGAGGAGAAAAAAACAUACGCAAAGAUUCAAGCUGUCCAUAAGCAGAAAGAAAUGGUAAAUAAAUCUUGGGAAAAUUUCUUAACUCGGACAUCAAAAUAUGAGGCACUGAAGAAAGCAAAAAGGCUUCAGGAAAAAUCAAUAGAGGCUUCCAAAUCUAAAUCAAAGACUCAAAAUGGAGCAGUCCAUUCUACUGAUAUUAAAGGCCUUGGCACAACAAUUGGAUCUGGUCGCUUAGUAACUGUUGAAAGUACACCUUCUCAAUUAGUUGGAGGACCAAUGGCUGCUACAGACCUCACUCUUGAAAAUAUACCUUUUUAAAGGUAUAAAAGGUUGGACUCAGUCAAGAAAGAUUAGGUGCUUGUAGGAUAAAUAGCAUUCUGUGCAUUGCUUUUAAUAUUUGAGUUAACUGAGUGUGUAUUUUAGGUACAGAUAAAAUAUUUAAUAUAGUUCUGAUAAAUGGCAUAGAACAUCUUGAGAGUAAAAUUUUAUUUUCAUAUCUGUAACUAAUGUAAACAUGGGGAUGACAUACUAUUAAAAUAGCCUAUAUAGUAUAGAACAAAGGCAUGCUGAGUUUAAUAAUUUUGUCCACUAGUGUCAGGUUGCCCUGAUCCACUCUCAGCAGGUCUAUUGUUUGGAAUUCCAUCUUCUGUUGAUGCACACAACACACUGCAGUUUAAGUGUCUCUUUCUUUGAGCAGGGUGAUGAACCUUCACUUAAAUAUACUCAGUGUUUCAUUUUUCUGGAUGACGUACUCACAUUGGAUAAAGUACUCACAUGGUGUUUGUUCAA